AUGGAUUCUGCGAGGAGCUGGUUCAACAAGCUCCAAACGAAAGAAAAAUCCAUCGGCAAGAAGAAAGAGUUGCCUCCAAAUGGCAAGGAAGGGACCGAUGACGCACCAUCCAGCGCCACGAAGCAAAGGGUCGCCGCCGCGAAGCAGUACAUCGAGAAGCACUACAAGGAGCAGAUGAAACAUCUGCAGGACAGGAAAGAGAGACGGUAUAGUUUUGAAAAGAAACUUGCAGACGCCAAUGUGUCUGAGGAGGAGCAGAACAACAUCCUGAAGCAAUUUGAGAAAAAAGAAACAGAGUACAUGCGUUUGCAAAGGCACAAAAUGAGUGUUGAUGAUUUUGACCUGCUUACAAUGAUAGGAAAAGGAGCAUUUGGUGAGGUCAGGGUCUGCAGAGAGAAGACCACAGGGAAUGUUUAUGCAAUGAAGAAACUCAAGAAGUCAGAAAUGCUUCGCCGAGGUCAGGUUGAGCAUGUCAGAGCUGAAAGGAACCUCCUUGCUGAAGUGGACCAUCAUUGCAUUGUGAAGCUGUAUUGUUCAUUCCAAGACAGUGAGUUUCUGUAUCUCAUCAUGGAGUACCUUCCUGGAGGAGACAUGAUGACACUGUUGAUGAGAAAAGACACACUAACCGAAGAGGAGGCGAGGUUCUACGUAGGCGAAACGGUUCUCGCCAUAGAAGCAAUCCACAAGCACAACUACAUCCACAGAGAUAUCAAACCUGAUAAUCUGCUCCUAGAUAGACAUGGCCACUUGAGACUGUCGGAUUUUGGGCUAUGCAAACCGCUAGACUAUGCAGCCUUCCCUGACCUGAAUGAGAAGGAUGCCACACCUAAUAGAACGUCGUCGGCUCAUGGUGAUGGGAAACAGCAAACAACGCCAAAACGCUCCCAACAAGAACAGCUGGAGCACUGGCAAAAGAAUAGAAGAACUUUGGCUUACUCCACUGUUGGUACACCAGACUACAUUGCCCCAGAAGUUCUUCUGAAGAAAGGUUAUGGAAUGGAGUGCGACUGGUGGUCCCUUGGAGCUAUCAUGUAUGAAAUGCUAGUGGGCUAUCCCCCCUUCUACUCGGAUGAGCCUAUGACAACUUGCAGAAAGAUAGUAAACUGGAGAACACAUCUGAAAUUUCCUGAAGAAGCAAGGCUAACGACGGAUGCAAAAGAUCUGAUAAGUAAACUCUUAUGCAACGUAGACCAACGCCUCGGUACAAAAGGUGCAGAGGAAAUUAAGGAGCACUCCUGGUUUAAUGAAGUAGACUGGAACAAAUUAUACGAAACAGAAGCUGCAUAUUUGCCGCAAGUAACGGAUGAUUUGGACACUCAGAAUUUUGAGAAAUUUGAAGAGUCUUCAGAUCACUGUCAAGCUUCAUCGAAGACAGGCCCUUGGAGGAAGAUGCUUUCUUCAAAGGACUUGAAUUUUGUGGGAUACACAUACAAGAACUUUGAACUUGUGAAUGAUGAUGAAGUCCUUGAAAUGGCUGGGCUGAAGAAGAAAGAGAAAGCAAAGAGACCAAGCGUCAAAUCCCUGUUUGAUUCGCCUGAAGGAGAGGAGCAGCAGCAACCAGCGGCCGCCGAAGAUGACAGCAACGAAGGGAGCGUCGAGAGCGGGAAGACGGAGCCUGAGCUGACGAGGAGCCUCAGCUUGCCGUCUUCCUCUGCCGACAAACCCAGCCUCACUUUACCAUCGGAUUAA